GCAAAACUCCUGAUUUGCUUUGUGGCUCAUGCGAAAACAGUUCUGCCAUGAAGACCCGCAGGCAGUUCUGCCGUGAAGACCCGCAUGGCAGGAUAGGACUGUUUGACUCAUGGUGAGCCCGCGUCUCUAUGAGCUUGGAACGCUGUCAGUGCUGGUCGCAUCACGCAGUGCAUGGGAGCUUUCGCAUGGCAUCACGUAUUUGGAUCCAAGCAGCCCAGUAUCACGCAAUUUGCAGAUUGGCGGAUACCAGGGCUUAGAGGAGCGUUGGUUGCUCGAAAAGAGUUUGCGAAUACCAAACCUGCCUGGCAGCAGCAGCUGCAUGCGACUCUCGAAGCUCCUGGCGCCCAGCUUCGCCCAGCAGCUCCUGGCACAGGUCCAGUCGCAGAGCUACGCGGUGGACAACGAUUCGGUGGACGGUUUGCCGUCCUUCGAGUACUAUCCGAUGAUCAAUGGAACGUGGAGCGAUGAAGAGCUGGGGAAGUUACUGCAACCCAUGGUCCAAGAGCUAAUUCUGCCAUAUGUCCGCAGCCGCUAUUCCUGUGAAGAGUGCACAGUGGCAGAGAUCCUGGUGAGGAGGUAUUUGUCCGAAGAGCGUCGGACACACAACCUCCACUUUGAUGGCCAUGCCUAUGCCACGGUGGUCCUGGGGCUCACUCCGCCCGAUGAGUAUGAAGGGGGUCUCUACAUCCAGCCGACACCUCACAGCAACUCUCGACGUUUCGUUCAACUGGAGCCCGGGGACUUGUUUGUACAUUCCUUCGAUUUGCAGCACGGCGUGCGGCUUUGGAGCGGCAGCCGCUACAGCUUGAUCUUUUGGAUAAAAUCCUCGCCGGCAGCCGUGGCCACUGGCACUACGCCCUGGUACCACCGCUCAGCGGCAGAGGGCGAUCCUGAUGCGAUGUACAACCUGGCGGGGCAGUUUCUGCAGGGCAUAGAAGGUGAGGUAGACGUGAUGGAGGCAUUGAGACUGUACGAAAAGGCGGCCAAGAUGGGACACUAUGGUGCUCAGCAUCACUUGAGUUUGAUGCUCUUGGAGGCAGCCGAACCCAACGAAUUGGUGCGUGCGGCCCGUGGGCUGCGCCACGCGGCCGACGCGGGCUUCGCACUGGCGCAGAAAAGCUUGGCCUUUGCCUAUGCGAACGGACAGGGCCUUUCACAAGAUCUAGCGAAAGCAGCUCACUGGAUGCUGCAAGCAGCUGAGCAAGACGACUUGGAAGCAGCCUAUGUGCUCUCGAGCAUGUACCGCCAUGGCCAGGGUUUUCCAACCAACAACCUGGAAGCGGAUCGCUGGCUGCGGGCAAGUGCGGAGGCCAACUAUGCGGAUGCCAUGCGCGAACUCAGCACGUGCUGGACGUGGUGUGUGGAAGAUCAUUUACGGAAGAUGGACUCCAACGACAGGGAUUGCGGAACAGCAGCUGCGAGUCACACCAGCGAACUGGAGCGGCUACGAGUUUUGGCUUCGCCGAGCUGCACGGCAGCGGGACGCAGCGUCGAUGCGGCUUUUGGCAGAGCUGGUGCAGGAGCGAGGAGAUGGAGAAGCCGUGAGCCUUUGGCGGAAGCUGGUCAAGUUGGGCGACCCUGAGGCGCAAUGGCAGCUUGGAAGAUGCUACGCCACUGGCCGCGGCACCCUGCCAGUCAAGCCGGCGAAAGCACGAGCCUUGUUCAAGCGUGCUUCAGAGCAAGGCCAUGCCAAGGCACGGGAAGACUUGGCCAUGCUUUCGCACGGUCAGCCAGAUGGCCAGACGGGAAAAGUUUGUGCCUGCAGAUGUGAGAG